AAACCGUAAGUCCGUAAGGAAGGUAGUGGUAGGUAGUCUGCUCGCAGUGGACUGGCUGGAAGUAGUAGUAACACAGUAGUGGCCCGACGAGCAGUCGCGGCGUCUGCGACGCGAUCGUGAAAAUAAACCGAUAGUUCUCGCAAAACUCGAUCCUAACCUAACCAAGGAACGGAAAUAAAGAAGAGCUGUUGGAAAGUGUCGAUUCCGAGAAGAUCCUUUUUCAACAUUCCCACUGCAGAAAUUAUCGUACGCAAUAAACAAGAUAAGAUAACAUAUAUCAAAGUGUAUGAUAGCUUCGUACGGCCGGGAUACAAUUCUUUAUUGGUAAAACGAAGCGUAACAACGAAGCAAUAUCAUUUUACCAAUUAGAUUCAGUUGAGGUAGAUACGAGUAUAGCAGGAAAUGCAAGCUUGUUUGUUGUCGAGUAGAUUUAUAUUGGAUAAUGAUUCCGUAAUGUGUGAGAGUGAUCUUCCGAACCCUUUUUUUCGGGUACCUACAGAUAGUGGUGAAGUUAAAUAACGCGGCCAUGGCUAAAGUGAAGAAUAUAGUGCGGUUGCUUUGGGGCGUCUUCCUAGGAAACACCUUCUGUUUUUUCGUUCUUCUGAAAUACGCUUCCAACGUCCAAGACGACUGUACUGCUCCUCAACGUGAGAUUCUACAACCCAGAAGACUGACUUGGUCAACAAACCGCGACAUGAAUCUGAUCAUGGUGGGGGUGAUGACAGCCCCUAAAUACUUCGAUACUCGUGCUAAGGCUGUGUACAACACCUGGGGUCGAGAAGUGCCAGGAGACAUAAUGUUCUACAGCUCUGAAGGAUCCCAUAGCUUAGAUAUACCUCUGGUAGCCCUCAAAGACGUGGACGACAGCUACCCACCCCAGAAAAAAUCCCUGAUGAUGCUCAAACACAUGCAUGACAAUUACGUCAACAAAUACGAGUGGUUCAUGAGAGCUGAUGAUGAUGUUUACGUUCGACCAGAUCGUUUGGAAGAGCUGUUAAGGUCUGUUGACAGUAGGAAAACUUGGUUUAUCGGUCAAACAGGCCGUGGAAACAGUGAAGAGUUUGGGCUGUUGUCGUUGGACAGUGACGAGAACUUCUGCAUGGGCGGCCCUGGAGUGAUAUUCAGCAGGGAGACCUUGAAGAGGGUGGCACCUUUCGUAGAUGACUGUUUGGAGCAUCUCUACACGACGCACGAAGAUGUGGAGCUAGGAAGAUGUGUCCGAAGAUUUGCAGGAGUUUCUUGUACAUGGUCUUACCAGGCGAGUGACUGCGAUUGUAAGAUGCAAGUUAUUUUCUACCAUAACCAGAGUGGAAACUCUGCAUUCACCGGCGAUCUGAAAUUGAAAGAAAUUCACCAGGCAAUCACCUUACACCCAGUCAAACAUUCAGAAAACUUAUACAGGCUCCACAAAUACUUUAAGGGCCUGAAAAUACAGAAAAAUCGUCACGAUUCUUUAAAUCUUCAACGGGACCUGCUGUAUUCUAUGACAGCUUUGGGUUACAAUGAUCGUCCAACCGAUGGAAUUCCUGACAUAUUGUCCCCUUAUGACGAACAAAAGAGAUCUCUAUGGAAUGAAACAGCUCUCGAAAUUCCUGCUAGUAUUAAAAAACGCCAACCUGAGACCUUGGACAACAUUGGUGAAUGGGAAUUUUUAGCAAAUAGUCUGUAUUCGACCUCCGACCUGAAUCCAAGACGUAGAUAUGGAACAUCUUUGAAAGAGGGCCUUAAUGAUGCCAUUUUGGAGGUCAUGGAACUGAUAAAUCACUACUCUAAACAACGUGGAAGACUGAUAGAAUUCAAAGAGAUGAUGUAUGCUUAUUGGAAAAUGAAUCCAGUCAAUGGAGUCGAAUAUAUUUUAGAUCUCCUUUUAGUUUAUAGAAAAUACAGAGGCCAUAAAAUGACGAUACAAGUACGUCGUCACGCUUAUAUUCAGCAAACAUUUGCAGGUGUUUACAUAAGAGAUGCUGAUGCUGAUUCUCCCCCAAUCUUCAGUGCAUCAUCCAACGAAGUAUCGUUGCCGGUACAUAAGCAGAUUCAACACGCUCUACUAAACCUCCACAGGAACCUACAGCCUUUCUUCAAAUUCGGUAAAAAUAACGAAGAAGAAAUAAUCAAUUUCGUCCUUCCUCUAUCAGGCCGAUACGAAGUGUUCGAGAGAUUUAUGAGAAUAUACGAAAAAACGUGUUUAUCGCGGCAAGAGCCCAUCAAACUGAACAUUAUCCUUUACGAAAAUCCAGAUAGCCCAGAAGACGUAGAAAAAACAAGAAACCUCAUUCAAGAAAUGGAAAAUAAAUAUUAUGACAGCGGGAUUUCCAUCACAUUCAUAAACGAGAAAUUUUCGAGGGGUAGGGCUCUUCAAUACGGCGUAAACAACUUGCAGGAGCAGGAUUUAAUGUUAUUCAUAGACGUUGAUAUAGUUUUCAACGAGGACGCUUUAGCGAGGAUAAGAAGGAACACGAUUGCCAACAAAACGGUUUAUUUCCCCAUAGUGUUCAGUCUUUACAAUCCCAACAUCCUGAAUAAUCUGCAUGGUGAUAACUGGUGGAGCUCCGAAAAUAUCAUCCACGAAAACAACGGGUUCUGGAGACAGUUUGGAUUCGGCAUAGUCAGUUUGUAUAAAACCGAUUAUUUGAAACUGGGCGGAUUGAAUCUUCUUAUAAACGGUUGGGGAUUUGAAGAUGUCACAUUCUACGAUAAGGCAAUCAAAUCAAGUUUGCAGAUAGUUCGUGCAGCAGAUCCUAACUUAAUCCACGUUUACCACUCAAUCCACUGUGAUUCUGACUUGGAUAAUACUCAGAAACAGAUGUGCAUAGGAAGUGAAGCGAGUACUUUAGGUUCAUUACAAACUUUGCAGAAAAUUUAUAGUGACAACAGAAAUUUAUUCGAAACACCAGUGAGUUAAGGUAGCUAAUCUGUGAUGAUCUCUAUCGUUAAACAGAGGCAAAGCAUCACGUGAAAUUAAUUGAAAUUAGUUCCAGUUUAGGAUCGAGAAUGUGUGUAAUAAACUUAAUGAAAUUCGAUUCAAUAAUAAUCAAUAUUUGAAUCAGGACAAAUUUGCCUAUCUUAAUAUAAUGUACAAAGUUCCUUUUCAUCUUGAUGUAUUGUUUUUCAGAAACACUAUUAGAAUAUGUAAUUUAAAGUAAUCAAUGGCUCAAUUACAAUAAUGAGAAGAUUUGAAUCAACCAAAAUUUUGGAUCGAUAAUAACAUAUUUUCAAUCUUCGAACAUCAUUCUGCCUUCUUGACUAAAACUGUCUUGACGAUAUUACUUCUGAUGGUUCAUUUUCAAAUUAUGAUUCUCAAGUGGAAAGUCUAUCAUAAAUAGUUGUGACAUUACUUUUUUGGUAUGCCUAUUCCAAAAUUAUUCAGGUUAUUCAUGUUACAUUCGAAAAUAAUAUAAUGCGAAUGUUUUCUCCAUAUCAUACCAUUUCUGAAAAAGUAUAAAAAUUAUCUGUGUUAUAUUUCAGCUCUCUGUAUAACCUACAUAAUAGAUUUCUCUGAACGUCAUUUUCCUACAAUCUGAAUGGUACUCUGAAAAUAUUGAUUGAAUAAAUUAAAAUUUGCUUUUGCAAGUUCUAUUUGUGACGCUUCAGAAUAUGUGCAUAUGAUAAAUUAUGAAAUAUGAUUAGGAUAAGCAUGGAAAGAAAUUGCUUUAUAAGUUUUUCAAAUUUGUAUGGACGUUCAAAAUUAAAAAAACAGAAACCCUUCAACCUCUGCAAUAUACAUAUCUAUAAAGCCAGUCUAUAUUUCAUUAAUCAGUUUUAAUUGAGAUUUAUUUUCGAUGUGUGUACUUCUGAAAAUAUGAAAACGUAAGCUCAUUUGUUCGUUUUCAUAAUUCCCCAGAAGAGGUUCAAAUUGAAUUCUUUUUUAUCUGUGGCAAAUUAUACAUGUACUUCUGAUUACCUAAUUAAUGUAACAGAAUAAUGCAUUUCAAUUUUUAUUGCAUUUUAAUGAGAAGACGUUGUUUCGAGAAUGAUUCAAUUUGAGGUUAUUAUGUGCAAAAAGACAUAGGUUGCUGUAAAAGUCAUGGUGAUAAAAUAAAUGUUAGUGAAAUAUCUGUGAUGUUAUCUCCUUUAUUUAUGUGAAUAAUUAAUUUUGUGAAUUAAAGUGUUCAAAUCUUA